GCGAAGCGCGCGUGGUGGCGGCGCGCGAGCCUCCGAGCGACCACGACGGGCGUCAGCGCGGAUGGCCGGCGGGCGGCCUGGGCAGCGGCUGCCUGGGCUGCGGCGGGAGGCCGCAUGGCCGAGCCGGACAGCAGCAUGACGAGCGGCGAGGCGCGCAAGCGGCGCCGCCUCAGCGCCGUGCUCGACAAACUGGCCGAGCGCCGGGACGACGUGUUCUCGCCGCCCGCCAGCUCGUCGGACUCGUCGUGCGCGGCCGAGUGGCCCGACGGGCCGCUCGACCUGUCGCUGCCGGCGCACGUAUGCCCGUCGUGCGGCCAGGGCUUUGCGCAGCGCGACCGGCUCGCCAAGCACGUGGCCUCGCGCCACGGCCGGCCGCCGGGCGACGGGCGCGCCUACGGCUGCGACGUGUGCGGCCGCUGCUUCGCGCGCAGCGACAUGCUCACGCGCCACAUGCGGCUGCACACGGGCCUCAAGCCGUACACGUGCCGCGUGUGCGGCCAGGUGUUCAGCCGCAGCGACCACCUGAGCACCCACCAGCGCACGCACACCGGCGAGAAGCCGUACAAGUGCCCGCUGUGCCCGUACGCCGCCUGCCGCCGGGACAUGAUCACGCGCCACAUGCGCACCCACGCGCGCUACGAGCCGCCGGACUCGAGCGGAUCCAGCAUCGACGACGACGCAGGCCCCCCUCGCGGUCCGCCCAAGGAGCCAGGCCGCUGAAGGAUCUCCCGCUGUGAUAGCGCCUCCUAAGAAUAGCGACCAUCGCUCCAUUUGCUGCUAUUCUGGCCGGCGACCGACCGGACCUCGAUCGGCCCCGCAGUACAAACCUCCGCCUGUGUGUGCCAAAAACAGACGGCGGGCUACGCACUUGCUCAACGCCCUGGCGGACUCCCAUAUAGAGCCCUGUGAUCAGCCGCCUCGACACAUUCCCCGCCAAAUCUAUUUAUGAGAGUGCUUAUUUAUGGCCAUUUGGGCAACACGCGGUGGCACCCGCUACUGCACAAUCUUGGUCCAAUGUAAUGCGCACAAAUGACACUUUGAGCGCAUUGCCGAGUGGCCUUGUUUUUAUGUGCAGCGAUGUCGAAAUGCAUCUCAACACAGACAUAAGUGAUGUGCCUUACAUACUUGUCCGUUUCCGCAGCAUUUCCUUUGAAAGAAUGAUUUACUGGGCAGCUGUCACAAUCGUUUGGUACACUGCCCUUUUAGGACCCUUUUACUUUACAAUAAAUAACUUGGUGGACGA